GUUUUCACUUGUAGGGUUUUUUUUUUUCUCUUCUUCUUCACUGGGGAGGAAACCAGAGGGCAGGCCCUUGCUGUGAGUCAUCAUCGGUGCUCACACAAACUCAAAGUUGAGCUCAGAAGGAAGACUUCUGCUUCAGCUGGAAAAAGAGGCAUCUGCACAGAAGGCAUCGCGAAAUGGAUUCUAAAAGUCCAGUCACAUGUUUUGCCUGAGGAUACUGGAAGGCUCUUGACAGCUUACUUCAGUGAUCUUACCCCAACAUCCCAAACAUGGCCGCUUAUGCCCUUGUCACGCAGAAUUUUAAAUUUGCCUCUCUCUUCUUCAAGAGUAAAGAUGUGAUGAUCUUUAACGGUCUGAUUGCUCUGGGCACUGUGGCGAGCCAGACGGCGUACAACGUUUUUGCUUUCGAUUGCCCGUGUUCCCCUGGGAGAAACUACUACUACGGCAUAGCUGCCAUCGGUGCUCCGGCUUUGGCGUUUUUCAUCGUUGGAGUCAUGUUGAACAAGAGAACUUGGGAUCUAGUGUCAGAGUGCCGCCUCCGGAGGUUCAAGAAACUGUCCACAGCAGCCGCCUUCGCGGUACUGGGGAGUAUUAUGGGUCGAGCCGUGGUGGCGCCGCUUACGUGGACCGUCCUAUCCCUGCUGCAGGGUCUGGCGUACACGUGCGCCCUAAGCGAGUUUACCGACCCCAGCAGCGUCAAGGGCUUCCCGCCUGGUUAUUAUUCCGAGGACAUGGCAAAGUUCCCUUGCAAGGAAAGCGUUCCGACCGAGCUGCAAGGCUUUUGGGCAGAAAUUGACCGACGUCUGAAAUAUGAGUCACAGCUGAUUGGCUGGCUGGUGGUUGCCGGGACGUCUUUGAUGGUUUUCUUAGUCAUGUGCACGAGACAUUGCUCGUCGCCCCUCGGCUACCAGCAGGAAGAAUACUGGAAGAAGUAUCGCGCCAACGAAAAGACCCUCUUUCGUCGUACGGCCGCCGUCCACGCCCAACUCAUGGCUGCAAAGUAUGUGGAGAGCUUCUUCGGUUUCGUGGCUCUGGAGAACGAUGAGAAGGAACACGUGCUGGAACACCAGGCCGCGGCUAGUCCCAUCUGCAGCACCGAGUGGAACAGAGUGAGCGGUGUCUACCUUUACAGGGAGAAGAAUGGACUACCUCUAUACAGCAGACUUAACAAAUGGGCCACAUACAACGAGCAGAACGCCCGGGAGGAGGACUUUGAUAAAGAAAUGGAAGUGUUUGACAGUUUAAUUGCCUAGCACAAUCCAAAUGACUGCAAUCACUGCAACAUGGAUUGGCCUGGCCUGGCCUGGCCUGGCCGAUGUGCCGUUGGCCUGCACUUGACUUAAGUGGCUCAAUGAUUCAAUUUAAAGCCAGUUGCCUCUCCUCUCACUGACAUUGUGAGCCAGCUGCAUUCCUCCUCAACUUACUAUAUUUGAAACUAUGGUGUCCACACCUUUGAGUUGUAUUUAUUAUGUGCCGAUAUUUGAUUUGUUGUCAUAGCAAUGCCAAAGUGACUAUCGAUCAUAAGAAUGCUGUUGAACGGGCUGCGGCUGGCGCAGACUACACUCCAUGCAGAGGAUGAUGCUAUUUGUGUUCGUAGCAUCCAAUUAGCAGCAGGCAUUGCCAUACUUCAAUUAGUCACUCACUCACUCACUCAACUGAAUGCACAUGUCUAUGUCCUUAGUCUUAACAAGCAUUCAAAUGAAAGCAUGCUUACAGUACACAUUUGUCUUGUGCUGUCUGAACGGUUGGUGAAAAUACAUAUAAAUACUGUGUGUCAUCCUGCUAACUGCUUCAUGACUCAACUUUUGAUUUGAUGUUUUAAAGAGCACUCAUCCUCUACUCCAAGAAUCGUUCAUUUUCCAAGAGUGGGUGGCCAUUGCAGAGACCUAACUAUUUGCGUCCAUAUGAAAUAACAUGUCCCCAUUACAGUAGCAAAUGUGGUCGUUUGGUUUU